AUGGGUAGACGUAAAAUUGAGAUCCAAAGGAUUUCUGAUGAUAGAAACAGGGCUGUCACCUUCAUAAAGCGUAAAGCCGGGCUUUUCAAAAAAGCCCAUGAACUCUCCGUUCUUUGCCAAGUAGAUAUAGCCGUUAUCAUACUGGGCUCCAACAAUACUUUCUAUGAAUUUUCCUCCGUGGAUACGGAUGAUCUGAUUGAUCAUUAUCAGAAUGACAAAAACCUUCUUCAUGAAGUAAAGAAUCCCUCCGAUUAUGGAGACUUCCAGAAAAACUCAUCUGUGAACAUAAACCAAGAGCUCCUGAGAUCGUCGAUUGCUAAUAAGCCUUCUAAAUCAAAUAUCACUCCGAUGAAGCAGGUGUACAAUGAUGACGAUGAAGAGGAUGAAGAGGAAGAAGAGGCACAUAUUAAUCUUCAGAUGGAACAGCGCGCGAAUACAAGAUCUUCCAGUAGACAAGUAUCGAAUACACAAUUGAAACUACUGUCGCCCACCGCACUUAUUUCGAAAAUGGACGGCAAUGACAAUAGUAAACGACAUCCUGAAAAUGCAUUGCCGCCCUUGCAACGCUUAAAGAGAUUGAAACCGGAUCCUCUACAGGCUAAUAAUAGAUCUCCACAACAGCAACAACAACAACAACAACAACAAAAUAUAUCGAGACCAUACCACAACAACAUGUACAAUCUCAACCAACCUUCAUCCAGUUCAUCCUCUCCUUCCACGAUGGAUUUCCCCAAGUUGCCGAGUUUCCAGAACUCUUCGUCUAACACCCGCCGCCCACCACUCUCCAUCUCACCAAAUAAGUAUAGUAAACCCUUUACAGCCUCAAGCACCAGAACUCCUAAACAGGAUCACAAGCUUGACAAUAGUAAUAACGAUAAUAGCGGUUAUUCACAGCCCUCUCCCAACUCCUUAGAAGACUCAAUUCAACACACUGUUAAAGCUAGAAGGAAAAUGUCCGUGAGACCAGUGCUUCGUGUAAGAAUCCCGAAUAACAACUUCAGCUGUAAUUCUGCCAUUACAAGCGAACCUUCUUCCGCAUCAUCCACAUCGGGAAACGGGAACAGUUUAGGGUCUUCGCAAAUUUUAAAAGGAAACAAGACAAACCGAUCUGGUAAGGCUUCACCACUUUCGGCGUCCGCCUCCGGACCCUUGACUCUUCAAAAGGCUAGCAAUGGCAGAGUCGUAAUAAAAUUGCCCAACGCAAACAUGUCUUUGAUUAAUAAUACUACUAAUAAUAACAGUAAUCACCAUCAUCCAUAUUCAUUCGGAAAUGGCUCUUCACCACUCUUCUCUGCAACUCAACCAUAUAUCGCGACCCCUUUGCAACCAUCCAAUAUUCCUGGUGGACCUUUUCAACAAAACACGUCCUCUUUCUUGGCUCAAAGACAAGCCCAACAAUAUCAACAACUCCCUUUCAAAAAACAGAACCAACCUGCCCCGCUAACUACAACGUUGGCGGGACGUCCUCCAACCUUUUCGGGACCUGAAAACGGCAAUGGCCCCCCAACUGGUUCAUUACCAUCGAAGUUCGUACACGAUUUGAUGAGCAAUUCUCCAAACGUUUCAUCAAUGCCAAUGUUUUCAGACUGGGCAAUGGGGCCCAAUAGCGCCAGGCCCAUACAUUCUGUACCCGGUAAUACGAAUAGCGCUGGUUCAUUCCCUCCUAUACCUACAAGCAUGGCCCCCAACCCCAACAAUAACAGCAAUAACAGCAACAACCCCAACCCCAACAAUUACUACAACAACACCGAAGAGGCCCCUGUAAAUGGACCUGCUGCGCCUGAUCAUUCUAGUGACGGAGACAUAAGUAAUCAUCCCAACUCAAACACAUAUGAUGUUGCUGCCUCCUCAUACAAUGGAAAUACCGGGCUAACUCCAUAUAUCAAUGCUACUCAAACACCAUUAGGUACGAAAUUUUUCAACUUUUCAACCGACAUUUCGGGAGAGAAAAAUUCGAGCAAGAUUUGA